GAAGUUCAGUGGCUUAGAACUGUCGUCGACAGCUAAGGGGCGUGCUUAUGGCGGAAGUAAGUUGGGGAAAAAAAUCACGCACCAGAUUCUUAUGAUGCUAACAUAACAGAAACGCUGUACCGGAGCACCAAGAUGGCAGCUCUUUUCAGUCUUCGAAAAGUGCUGGGUGUGGCAGUAGGGCGUGGGGUGCGUGGUGUCUCUCAGCUGGCCGAGCUGCCGGAGAUGCACCAGAUGCUCAGGCAGACGUGCAGGGACUUUGCAGACAGAGAGCUGGCCCCCAUCGCCGGCAGGCUGGACCGAGAGCACACAUUCCCCGCCAAGCAGGUGCUGGAGCUGGGGGCGCUGGGCGUCAUGGCGGUGGAGGUGCCGGAGCACUUGGGCGGGGCCGGUCUGGACUACCUGGCCUACAGCCUGGCUGUGGAGGAGCUGAGCAGGGGCUGUGCGUCCACGGGGGUCAUCGUCAGCGUCAACAACUCUCUCUACCUGGGCCCCGUGCUUAAGUUUGGUACUGAAGAACAGAAGGAGAAGUGGAUCACUCCUUUUACUACGGGGGAGAAAGUGGGCUGCUUUGCUUUGAGUGAGCCAGGCAACGGCAGCGACGCGGGCGCGGCGUCCACGACAGCGAGACAGGAAGGGGAGGAGUGGGUUCUGAACGGCACCAAGGCCUGGAUCACCAACUGCUGGGACGCCUCGGCCGCCGUCGUCUUCGCCACCACAGACAAGAGCCUGAAACACAAGGGUAUCAGCGCGUUCCUGGUGCCCAUGCCCCACCCCGGGCUGUCUCUGGGCAAGAAGGAGGACAAGCUGGGCAUCCGCGCCUCCUCCACCGCCAACCUGAUCAUGGAGGACUGCCGUGUGCCGCUGGGCAACCUGCUGGGCCAGCGCGGCAUGGGCUUCAAGAUCGCCAUGCAAACUCUGGACAGCGGGCGCAUCGGGAUCGCCUCGCAGGCGCUGGGCAUCGCGCAGGCCGCGCUGGACUGCGCAGCCGACUACGCCCACAAGAGGACCGCCUUCGGAGCGCCCAUAGCCAAGAUGCAGGCCAUUCAGUUUAAACUGGCGGACAUGGCUGUGGCACUAGAGAGCGCCCGUCUGCUCACGUGGAAAUCAGCUCUGCUACGAGACGCUAAGAAACCCUUCUCUAAGGAAGCCGCCAUGGCCAAGCUGGCUGCAUCAGAGGCUGCUACAUUUAUCUCUCACCAGGCCAUCCAGGUGCUGGGGGGGAUGGGCUACGUGACGGACAUGCCCGCCGAGAGGCACUACCGCGACGCGCGCAUCACCGAGAUCUACGAGGGAACGAGCGAGAUCCAGAGGCUGGUCAUCGCCAACCUGCUGCUCAAGGAGUACCAGCCCUGAGGGGGGCAGGACUGUUUCACACCCCGUCCCGCCCCGCCCCGUCUCACUGUGCCUGGGUAGCUGGCCCAAAUCGCCACCGGUGAGAGGAACAGGAAGCAACUCACAGGAUCAUCAUUGCCAUUUUUCUGAGAUCACUGGAACACCGGAAUGUGUAUAAUUUUAAUUUAAGCUUUCUUUUUAGUUGUUGUUUUUUUGGGGAAUGUCUGUCAGCAAAAUAUCUCUCUCCUGAAGUGCCAGUGGUUCACUGCCACUUGAACAUGCAACUCCUGCCUUGUCCUGCAGAGGGAGACAUAGCAGAGUGCCUGGACCUGUAGCCUGUGCCUGCACUUGUAGAAAAGAAUGUCACAAGUGUGCAAUUGCCUCAGCGAACACAGCUGCAGGUGCAUUGUUCUUCACCCAACUGCUUGGACAGCUGAUUUUUUUUGUUUGGACAAUUGUAUAUACGUACUGUGAAUUAUGUAGAUUAUGCAAUUUUUAAAAAAUAAAUUAAUGAAAGUA